CAAAUGCUCUCAGUCCAGCCAGACACCAAGCCGAAAGGUUGUGCUGGCUGCAACCGUAAGAUUAAAGACCGGUAUCUUCUAAAGGCCCUGGACAAAUAUUGGCAUGAAGACUGCCUGAAGUGUGCCUGCUGUGACUGUCGCCUGGGGGAGGUGGGCUCUACCUUGUACACCAAAGCCAACCUUAUCCUUUGUCGCAGAGACUAUCUGAGGUUAUUUGGCGUUACAGGAAACUGCGCUGCCUGCAGUAAGCUCAUACCUGCUUUUGAGAUGGUGAUGAGAGCAAAGGACAAUGUUUAUCACCUGGACUGUUUUGCAUGUCAACUUUGUAAUCAGAGAUUUUGCGUUGGAGACAAAUUUUUCCUGAAGAACAACAUGAUUCUGUGCCAGACAGACUAUGAGGAGGGUUUAAUGAAAGAAGGUUAUGCACCCCAGGUUCGCUGA